CCCCUUCUCAUUCAUACACAGAAACAGUCUCGUCCUCUUUUCGCUAUGGGUUCACUUGGCAACAUCAAAAACAUGCCUCUGAGGUCCAGGAUCUCAACGGUGGUCCCGGCGACGCCUUGGAGCGAUCAAAACAGUGCGUACGAACUCCAGAACAUGGAUUUACUCUUGAAACUUCACUACAUCAGAUCAGCUUAUUUCUUCAGCAACGAUGCCGUCCAAGGUUUCUCUAACUACGACUUGAAGAAGGCCAUGUUUCAUCUGCUUGACACGUACUCUCAUGUCUCGGGCCGGAUCAGGAGAUCCGAUUCCGGAAGGCCGUUCAUCAAGUGCAACGACGCCGGCGUACGGGUCGCGGAGUCGUAUUGUGACAAAACCCUCGCCGAAUGGAUCGCCGACGCCGGAUACUCCAUAGACGGCCUCGUUCAAGACCACGUCCUUGGCCCUGAUCUUGGCUUCUCUCCUCUUGUUUUCAUCCAGUUUACAAGGUUUCAAUGUGGAGGGUUGACCGUGGGCCUCAGCUGGCCUCACGUUCUCGGAGACGCUUUCUCUGCUCUCAACUUCAUCGCCCUUUGGAGUAAGAUAAUGGCGGGUCACGUGCCUCCUAAGGCUCUUCAGGUGUCCACUCACACCAAACCGGAGCUUCCUCCUUCAGUCUCCGAUAAGCCGAUAUCUGCGAAAAGGUCCGUCGAUGUCGGGGAACGAUGGCUAGUUGCAGAUCACAGAAACGUGAAAAACCACUCUUUCCGCCUCACGUCGAAGCAACUUAACCAUUUGGGAGCAACAAUAACUACUACUGCUCCUGCUUCGUAUUUUGAAAUUCUCUCCGCUAUAGUUUGGAAAUCCCUUUGUCAGAUAAGGGAGGAUGCUUCUGGGAUAAAUACUGUGACGAUCUGUACGAAUGGAUCUAUGCGAAAAGAAGGUGAUUUCCCGAUCAAUGGCUUGGUGUUCAGUAAAGUGGAGGCUGAUUUUGCAGUGGAGAAAUCGGACGUGUCAGAAUUGGCGAAGCUGAUUGGUGAGAAGAAGGCGGUGGAGAAUAAUAUCUUGGAAAAGACGGUGGAAGAAGACGAAGGAAAAGGGGAUUUCGUGGUUUAUGGAGCAAGCUUAACAUUUGUUGAUUUGGAAGGAGCUGAGUUUUAUGAGGUGAAACUGAAUGGUCGAAAACCUAUUCUGGCGAACUGUGCUUUUCAAGGAGUGGGUGAUGAAGGUGUCGUCUUAGUUCUUCCGGCACCGGAGGGAGAUGAUAAUGUUGAAGAUGGAGGCGGCAACGGAAGAAUCAUCACCGUGGCUCUUCCUCCCAGUGAACUUGAACAACUCAAAACUAAGAUGGAAACAGAUUGGGGUAUUGUUUAAGAAUACCGUUGAAAUACUGACAGUGAUUUAAGAAUAUCAUGAGUUAUAAUGUUUUAUUUAAUUAUAUUUUCACUAAGUUAGUGAUAAUGAUCAUUCGAGUUGUGCUUUGGGAAUAAUGAAUCCAUUACUCAUUUAACGA